AUGUCACCAGAGAGUACGGACCAGCGACACUUGGAGGCCAUUGAUCAUUCAACCACGGAGGCAGACUCUCCCUCUUCACCGGUUACAUCACCUCCCCUGACGAGGCGACAGUGGAUGCAAGUUUUGAAUGCCUUUGUAGUAUUCCUAAACACAUGGGGCCUUCUUCUUGCAUUUGGAGUCUUCCAAACAUACUGGGAACAGGUGCAGUUCCCGGACAGAUCCAGCUCUGAGAUAUCUUGGAUUUCAACCGUCAGCGGCUUCCUCCUGUUAUUUAGCGGCAUCAUAACUGGCCCUCUGUUCGAUUACGGCUAUUUCCGGUCGUUGGUCGUGGCGGGCAGUCUGUUAGAGGGUAUCUGCAUUGGUCUGGGCGGGGGCAUGCUCUACGUUCCCAGUAUUACUGCUGCUGCCGCGAGCUUACAAGAGUUUCGCCGCGCCAAAUUUAUAGGGCUCAUUGCAUCCGCCACCGGCAUAGGCGGCGUGAUCUACCCGAUCAUGUUCCGCCAACUCGUGUCCAGCGUAGGAUUCCCCUGGGCAGUCCGCAGCAUUGCCUUUGUAGUUUUCGCCACCUAUCUCCCAUCCUGGGCUGUUUUACCCUACAAGACUGCCCAGAACACUGCCAUACGACAAUGGUUCGAUCCAUCAGCCCUCGCCGAGCCUCCAUUCGUCCUGGCCAUUAUCUCCGCCUUUUUUGCCGGCGUCGCAUACUACCUCCCACUAAUCUACCUCCCUUUGUUCGCCGAAACUACCAUCCUAACCCUUCACAACACAGAUCUACCCUUCUACCUCCUCUCUAUCGUGAAUGGAGCGUCUGUCCUUGGCCGUCUCCUCGCCGGCCUCCUCGCCGUGAGAAUUGGAUCAUUCGAAACAUGCACUGCAGGGCUAGCCGCCAGCGCCAGUCUGCUCUUCUGCUGGGUCGCAGUGAGUUCAAAGGUGGGUGUUAUCGUCUGGUCUGUCUUCUGGGGCUUCAUAUCCAGCAUCAUUGUAUCGAUGCCCGGGGCCAUGCUUCCGUUGCUUUGUGCGUCGUUUUCGGUGUUGGGGACGAGGACGGGGAUGUACUGGGCUAGCGUUGGGCUGGGGGUCUUGGUUGGUGGGCCUAUCGGGGGGGCAUUGGUGGGCAAUAUGACAGACAAUGACCGGUGUCGGACUCGUCAUAUACGAUGCAAAGGAGGCUCCGGUGGUAAUUCUUGCCAUGGUUGCCGGCGGGCAAAUAAGCCAUGCACAAGCCACAAGGAUGGCAUGUUCCGCUUUGUUGAGUACACCUCGGUAGAGAACGAUUCGGAGGAUUAUCAAGCCCAGCCCAGCCUUCCGGCAAGCGACAUUACGUUUAUCAGCGAGAACAACGCGGACUUUGGCAGUAAUGGUCAAUCCAACAACAGGCCAGCGGACCAUAGCGACUAUCAGCAGUCGUUCCAAAAUUCUCCUUCACAGGUGUCCACAUCUGCACCGACAUCAUAUCCCGUCGGGUCUCAAUCUGCCCUUUCGCCCUUAAAAAGCGAGUAUGAGGCGUCUCUUUUCAAAUACUUUAUGACAUCCCUCUCUCCUUGGUUUGACUACUGCGACCCGAACCGGCAUUUUUAUACAUACAUCGCCAGCUCUGCCUCGAGUAAUCCUAUCCUUUUGUAUGCUGUUCUAACAGUGGCUGCUAGACAUCAGCGCUCGCAUUCAGAGCGCGAGCGAUUGAUUGCGGAUGAAUAUCAGCAAUACUGUCUUGAAUCAUUGAUAUCCGCCCUUGAUGACUCUGAGAAGACAUUAGAUGAGUCACUUUUUGCAUCGGCAGUAAUUCUUCGUCUCUCUGAAGAAAUGACAGAGCCUUCUCCCAGGGAAAUCGUAGACUCCCACACCCUAUCUGCCCAUAUCCUUGUUCGAAUUAAAGAAGGAAAUAUCUGCACAUCAAGCUUCACAGAUGCCGCCUUGAUCGUGGUCUUGCGACAGGAGAUCUUCGUCGCUAACUUGACACAACGACCGGUGGGGUCUUUCACCGACCACUGCAAUAUCGAUACGUCACUGGGUCCGACUUCUGAAGCAAUGUGGACGUACCGGAUCAUCGCCCACGCGGCCAAGAUAACCGACUUUGCGUAUGGGGACGUCAUGUUCAGGACUAAGGAUCGCUGGAACGAUCUUAUUCAGUACGUCCAGGACUGGGAAGACAACAGGCCGAAUUCCUUUCUGCCGAUUUAUACCGAAGCAGAAAAUCUGACGUCUAGUUGCUUCCCUAAGAUCUGGUAUUGUAACGACUGCCACGUCGCGGCGCGUCUGUAUUUGGAACUAUGCCGCAUCCUCCUCUUGGCGUCCGAUCCAGAUGCCACAGCACUUAGAAUUGGGCGAUUCCGUCGUAUGCAAGAGAACGAUGACAAGAUACGGGAGUGCGUUCGAGUCAUAUGUGGAGUUGCCCUCACAAAUCCUGAGUUCCAUACUACCCGAUCUACUGCGGGCUUAGCGAUCGGGUUAUGCGGCGAACUAUUCCAUGAUCCGAGGGAGACGAAGGUUCUCUUGGAUCUGUUAUCAGCUGCAGAAUUCCAUCUCGGGUGGCCUUGUUUAAAAUUGAAAGAAGAUUUGCGGAGGUUUUGGAGGCUACCCGUGGUUGAAUCCUAA